GGAAGCCCGAGGACGGCGCAGGGCCACCACUCUACCAACACGCGCUAGGGAAGCAUCUCCAUCAGCUGCGCCGCUCCGGGGCUCCUCAGGAGUCGGCCCCGGGCCGCUACCGCCUCCUCGGCCCCUGCCGCCGCCGGCGUCGCCAUCGCCUUGAUCCUCCACCCCCGCCAUGGCAGAGGAGCUCUCCGCGGCCACGUCCUACACCGAAGAUGAUUUCUACUGCCCCGUCUGUCAGGAGGUGCUCAAAACGCCCGUGCGGACCGCGGCCUGUCAGCACGUUUUCUGUAGAAAAUGUUUCCUGACUGCAAUGAGAGAAAGCGGAAUACAUUGUCCCCUCUGUCGUGGAAGUGUGACUAGAAGAGAGAGAGCGUGUCCUGAACGGGCCUUAGACCUUGAAAAUAUCAUGAGGAAGUUUUCUGGUAGCUGCAGAUGCUGUGCAAAACAGAUUAAAUUCUAUCGUAUGAGACAUCAUUACAAAUCUUGUAAGAAGUAUCAAGAUGAAUAUGGUGUUUCUUCUAUCAUUCCAAACUUUCAGAUCUCUCAGGAUUCAGUAGGGAACAGUAAUAGGAGUGAAACAUCCACAUCUGAUAACACCGAAACUUAUCAAGACAAUACAAGUUCUGGGCAUCCCACCUUUAAGUGUCCCUUGUGUCAAGAAUCAAAUUUUACCAGACAGCGUUUACUGGAUCACUGUAACAGUAAUCACCUAUUUCAGAUAGUUCCUGUGACAUGUCCUAUUUGUGUGUCUCUUCCUUGGGGAGAUCCUAGCCAGAUUACUAGAAAUUUCGUUAGUCAUCUAAAUCAAAGACAUCAGUUUGAUUAUGGAGAAUUUGUGAAUCUUCAGCUAGAUGAGGAAACCCAAUAUCAAACUGCUGUUGAAGAAUCUUUUCAAGUGAACAUCUGAAGGCCGUAGACAUAUCUGCAUCUUUGUACCUGCAAGUGCCAUCUUAAGGGGAAAACUACAUGAAGUCAUCAUUUCAACAACUUGAUGUGUAUAUUAAUAAAAAGUAAUUCAGUCUAUUGUUUAGUUCUUUGAAAAAUAAAGGUGGGCCAUCUAAAAACUUCAUUCUCUUGAUAAGUUAAAAAGUGAAAGUUAGGACAUUAUCCUUAAAAGUGUUAAAAGGAUUAUAUUUCAUUAAUGUAUUGGUGAAAAGGGAAUCCCUGUUGUACUUAUCUUUUUUAUAUUACAUAUUCUUGAAUUUUUCCUUAUGUUGCUUUUGAAAUUUGAUACAGUUCCUCCCAUUGACGUUAUUGUACACAGCUAACACACAGUAGCAAAUGCUGAAAGAUGUGAUUGAUAGAAACCUAACAAAUCUGAGCCAAUUAUCAGAAUUGCAGAAUGGAGACUUGAAGUGCUAAAUGAAACAAUCCAAAGGAAACUUUUAAUACAGAUUCUAGCUGAAGAAUUCAACUAUAAGAAAAUUGUAUUUAUAUAACGUUUAGUAUUUUUGAAGACUAGUGAGGUUUCUUUAAUAAUUUUAACUCUUUAAAAAGUGAGUGCUCAUUGUAAAGAUAUUUCCUUUUUGCUAUUAGAAGGAAGUAUCAAAAAAAAAAUUUAUUUCUUUGGUGGGCAGUGGUGAUUUCAAAUCUUGUUCGUUUGGCUGACUAAUUUGUAAGCCUAAAGCAUACUAAGCUGAGUUACAGCUCUUUGGCCUCAGAAUUUUCAAUAGCCGGUAUUUCUGAUUAGCUAGGAUGAAACUUUUAUUAGAAACUUUCAGUAUAUGUAUAUAUACAUACACUUUUGUAUGUGUAUAUACACGGGCACAUAUGUUUGCACACAGUUUGUCAGGUUAUAUACAGAAUUUCUGAUAUCUGAUUUGAUUAAAAUUUUGUAUAUCACCAAAUUUUUAGCAAGUUAACAAUUGAAUACUAAGUGGUCUAGUUGGCUACUAUUACACCUUAGAAAUUGAGUUUACGCACACUCACAAUUACCUGUUUAUAUGGUGCUCAUUUGUUAUUCUCAAAGGUAAUGGGUGACUAUGAAGUAAUGAGAUGGCUUCCACCAGCACUCUGUUUCACUACUUUUUAGUCAAAACUGGAUUUGUUUUUGGUAUCCAUUAAUGAGAAUCAUAAAAUAACUUGUACUGGAAGGCCCAAAUCACAGAAUAAAAGAUGAAGAGUGGAUUAGCUGACAUUCUGUACUAAUAAUACAUUGUUUAUACUUUCUUUAAAAGAAAUAACUGAAAGAAGAAAAGUUUCAGAAGUAGUUUGCUGCUAAUAUAUACAUAUAUUGUAUAAAAAGGUAUAUUUUGGUUUUGUUAAAACCCUUGUUGACUUUUUUACAGUGAACAUUUUUUUAACUUGAUUUAAUAAAAAUGUUAAUUUUGAAAGUGGAGUUUUGUAUAAACCUUUUUCAGUCAAACAGUAAUGACUUUAUUUAUGGGUAGUAAUAAUAAUCACCAAAAAGCCAUACAUCUUAAAGAUCAUAUGCCUUUGUUCUGUCAUUCAAAAGAGUGAUGUUUACUACAUGCUUGAACAUUUUCUCUGCAGUUACGUGAGUGUAAUUGUAAGAAUAGCUGUUAAUGAACUCUUUUUAAAAAGAGACUUUUGACCGUAGGUUUUUCCGGUUUAAAGCAAUAACUUUAGUACUUUCUUUCAAAGUUUAUUACUUCCAGUAUGUCAAGUUAAACCAUUCUGAGAUUUGAGAACUUUAAAGGAAAAUUGGAGUAGAGAUCAUCUUCAUGAAAUUGUGUUUUGAAGUUUUGUGGCUUAGUUAAAUAUCAUUAAUAAUCUUGUGUGUCUUUCAUAUAAACUUUUUCAUAAGGAAAAUAUUGACUAUUAGCUGUUAUCUGAGAACUAUUUGGAAAUGUUUGCUUAAAAUCUCUCCUCCUUUUGUCAGUGGAUUAGGAAUAGGGAUAGGCUUUACAAACUUACAGUUUAAAUUAAUGAAAAAAUUCUUAUUUUUAAUAUGCUUAUAACUGUCAAGGGAGGGAAACCGUAUUGAUACUCUGAUACCUAAAUCUCACAAUACCACUUAUAGGAAAGCUGUUUCCCUCAACAGAUUAAAGUUUAUGUUGUUAAACAUAGUCCUGUUAGAGAUGUAUUGCUUUAUUUUUCAAUUAAAAGUGGUUUUCUCCUA